AUUAAAAUUCAUUUUGUUUGAUAAAGUUUUGUACAAAUGUCAGCAAAAGGGAGUCGCAUAUGUGUGGUGGGCGCGGGUGCCGCCGGAUUGACAUCAAUUAAGACAUGUCUGGAAGCGGGACUGGAAGUGGUCUGCUAUGAGAAGACAUCAAAUAUAUCGGGUCUUUGGUGUUACAGACGUGAAGACAUCGAAGGCGUCGGAAGAGUACAGAAGACGACGAUCACGAACUCGUCUAAAGAAAUCAAUUCAUUCUCUGAUUUUGCGAUUCCUAAAGAAUUUCCCAAUUAUUUGGAUCACAAGAAAAUGUGUGAAUACUUUGAAUUAUAUGCCAAACACUUCCAACUCUUACCUCACAUUCGGUUCAAGCAUUCGGUGCUUAAAAUAGACAAAACCCAUGAUUACGACACUUCUCACAGACUUAAGGUUGUCGUCCAGAAUAGUGAAGACAAUUCUGUCUCGACUCAAGAAUUUGAUGGCGUUAUGGUGUGCACCGGACAUCAUACCACUCCCCGGUGGCCACACUUUCCCGGACAACAUUUGUUUAAAGGUAAAAUACUUCACUCAAGAGAUCUUAGCUCUCAAUUGGAUUUACAAGAAUAUGAGGACAAGACGGCUGUUGUCGUAGGCAUUGGUAACUCUGGCUGUGAUUCUGCCGUAGAAUUAAGCUAUUUAUGUGACAAGACAUACAUGUCAUUACGACGGGGCGGUUGGGUUUUGUACAGAUUGGGAACAAAUGGAUGGCCCAUUGAUUAUCUAUUGCAGACUAGAUUUCUAAAUACAAUCAGAAAACUGUUCCCAUUUGGUCUUAUUUGUUGGUAUUUCGAGACUUUUUACUUUAACUAUCGCUUCAAUCAUAGACUCUAUGGAAUUGAACCCAACUCCAGAUGUUUCUCUGAAAUACCAAUCAUUAGUGAUGUAUUGCCCACAAGAAUAAUUAGCGGUAGAAUCGCUAUUAAGAAAAAUAUUAAGCGAUUCGUUGAGGACGGGGUCAUAUUUGAAGGUGAUCAAAAUGUAACAAAAUGUGAUUUAGUGGUUAUGGCAACUGGUUAUCACUAUUCGUUUCCCAUUAUCGAUGAGAGUCUUUUCAAACACACCGACUCAAAGCCAUUGAAUUUAUACAAACAAGUAUUUCCCGAGCAAUUGUCGCACUGGAGUCUCGCCCUAAUCGGUGCCAUUCAACCGAAUGGAGGAAUAUUCUCGUUGUUUGAGAUGCAGGCGCGAUGGUAUACAAUGCUUAUGACCGGCAAAUGCCAGUUCCCAUCACACGACCACAUUGUGGCCGACAUUGCAUCGGCUAAUCAAAUACGAGACCAAAUAUUCUAUAAGUCUGUCAGAAAUUCUUUAGGAGUUGAUUGGAUUUCAUAUAUGGAUGACAUCGCAGAUAUUAUUGGCGUAAAGCCAGAUAUAAGACAAUACCUGUUCUCUGAUACACCUCUUUUCAUACGAUUAGUGUUUGGGACGGCAUUAUCGUAUGAGUAUCGGUUAAAAGGUCCCAAUUCUUGGGGUGGUGCUAGAGAUGCUCUCAUGCAGUCUGACUAUAGGGUUAGGUAUGGAAUCAAUCCCAAUGAAGCUAAGUCUGGGUCUCAAUAUUAUUUAAAUGCAGACUUUUAUAAAAUAGUGUUUGUAUUGAUCUUCCGAAUGAAUUGCUUCAUAAUGAAGAUUAGAGGCAUAUAUAGGAAUUCCUAUAAAGACUAA